AAGCAAAAGAGAAAGCGAGGCCAAAAAACGAUUGCGUAAACGGCGUCACAAAGCCCGCCGGUUUUGAUCGACAAUCGUGAGAUUGACCGCCGUCGACCAGAGAAUCGACGGCAGCAUGCAGACGAUGUGCCAGCUUGCACGGCGCUCGCGCCGCGCCGGCUGGCUCAUCGAGAGCGCUCUCUGGCGCCAUCCGGGCCACGCGCGGCGCCGCGCGUGCCUCGCGCCACUCGCCUCGGCUGGCAGCACAGCGCCAAAGCCGCCUCGCAAACACCGCGCACAGCACCAGCAUGCUGCCCACCAGGCAGCAGAGUGCUGCACCGGCGUGCAGCGGACGCUGCGGCGCUGCGGCGUCGCCUCCCCGCCCUGUCCACGGAGCAGACGAGCGGCGGCACGGCCUUCCACCAGCUGAAGGAGGUGCGCACUUCCCAAAGGAAGCACAGGAUGCUCCCGCAGUUUACGCAGCUUUGUGCAGCGCAGCGCACGGGCCACGCCACACAAAGCCGACCCUCAGUCUGGCCAAGAGGCUGUCUGCGGAAGGCCUGGCAGCGCGUACUCGCCUCCUCCGCGGCCAUGCCCUCCGCCCGGGCGAGCGAGGAGCGGGGACACAACCAUUUCUGGAAUCGUGGGGGAUCCGUCUGGAAAAAGGAGUCUUCGCUGCGCAUGCUCGAGCCCCAAGGGGGCUUGUGCUGUGAAUAG